UUUGCCCAAGCGCAACAGCAUAAUUCAUAAUGAAGCGACUUAACUACAUCCCUUGGGGCGUCUUACGCGGGUCUGGAUCUGCCUUGUCCCGCAAUGUGCACCGUUGCUGGUACAGAGCCAACGGCUGUGGCGACUCCUAGGUGACACCCAGGUGACGCGAGCCCCCAUGGUGAUCAGCUCCCCGAGUGAUCAGUUCCCAAGCUUAGACUAGACUAAUUGCAAAUGACCCAGACACUAUGAAUCUUGUACUUUCAAAGUCAUUCUGUCAAUUCGUCACUCAAAUGCUACAAAACCGACUGAAACAGUUUACUAUCCCACGUUCUAAUAUCCUCUCCAAGGUUUUCCUCCAGUCACGACGUCAUUGAUAUAUAGCUUCCACAAUUUGACACAUAGAUAGUCAGCCUCAAUCGGCCGCUGCCCCUGCAUCCUCUUCCUUUGACGAGCGCACACUGAAUAGCAGCAUCUGUACCCAAACGCGCCAUGACACGCAUAUUCCAAAUUGGUCUUCUGACGGAAGCCUUUCUCAACAUCUCAGGUUCACUGGUCUUCCUCCGCUACCCAUUAUGGUGUCUCUCUUACAUGCUGCCUCAAUCAACGACGGGUAAAACGACGACCGUCCCCGCCAGCGCCGCCGUACUAUGGCAGAUUUACGCUGGGUUGGUCUUGGCACUCACGGUGCCGAUCCUCAUGGUGGUCCCGGAGUCAAGGGCUGUCUACGAGAAGCGGGAUCUCGUCUUUAAAACGCUUACCGCAGGAGAGGUGGCCCUGGUCGGCAUACUAGGGUGGCAUGGGCUCGGCUUUUCGGAAGAGCAGGAAGGAGGAUUCAGUCGAGCUGGGUUGCUAACCACUGCGUCUCUCCUCUUACCUGCGCUGACAUGGCAUUCUUUUGCUGUGUGGCUCAGACCGGACCUCAUGCGUCCUGAGAGUAGCACCAAGUCAGUUCUAGACCAGAAAAAGGGCUUGUAAUGCGACGACGGUCGGGAUAUUUCCCUCAAGGGGUUCCUAUAUAUCACUGUGUUCAAAUGGCUAGACAGUAUGUUGAUCACUCACUGCACAAAGGCGUAGCCUACUCCAAGUCAUCUACUUAAACGACACUGCUUGGCAUUUCAUCAUGAAUAAUAGUACAACGAACCAAGACGAUACCUUGGGCGAUGAAUAGGCAAGUCUAACAUGAGGUCGUAGACGCCAUUUGGACCGCUUCAGACAGUGUGAUAUAGUGUCUCUUGUAACAUUGCCAUUCCGUUUAUGUCAUAAAAAAAAUAGUCUUUGCACAAUGAUUGGACGAGCCUUCCAUUCAUAGCCUAGCCAAGCCAAUGCGCAUGGCGC